GAAGAAGUGAGAAAAAAGAAAAUGCCUUCUAUUUUUAACAUGCAACACGCACAUCCGUGGAAAUAAUCCGUGGACAAAUAGUUACGUCAAGACGCUGUAGUCGACUCAAUCUAGUCUCUAUAAAAGAGAAACGCCGCCAAUCUUCAAAUGUGUUAAACGAACAUCCAAGGAACUGAAGAAUUCAGCUUUCAUUGAGUAAAGACCUUCUUCCGUAGACGAUCACAUAAGACGUAAUUUUUCCGUAACUAAUUUUAUCGGAAUACCCUACAUUCAGAAACAAUUCCAGUACCUGUAUACUUAUCAUCCUUACUUUGAGGAAGUUUAAAAAGCCAGAGCCCAUAACAUUCAUCUCAGCUUAUCUUAGUGACUGUACUCUCUGAAAUUAUUGAAACCUUUAAUUCUCUAUACUUCUUCUGUUGGUCAUUUUAGCAGCAAAUAUUUUGGAGCUUUGCCAUUUUUUACGUUCACAGCAAGCAAGCGAUUAAAUUUUUCCAAGUUGCCAGUGAGGUGCUGCUCAAUUGGAUAGAGGAGUGUACAAUGAAGACAACCUUCCCCCGUCUUUUCUGCAAGAUUAAUCGUCGUCCUCCUCUGAUCAGUUGGCGCGAGAAGGUUCAUUUACGACACCUACUCUCAAAAUAACUUUCCAUCCCUACAAACUUAGUCACACGCACACUUACGAGAUAAAAUGUAUGUUUUAGGUUGUCGGUGGCUCCAGCGUUCUGAAUUACAUGAUUUACGUACGUGGGAAUCGGAAUGAUUACGAUCUCUGGGAACGGAUGGGAAACCCCGGAUGGAGUUACAAGGAAGUUCUCAAGUAUUUUCUCAAAUCCGAGGACAACUCUAACAAGGACCUCCUCAAAACCCCUUACCACGCCUCCGGCGGUUUGCUUAGCGUCCAAGACCUUCGUUGGACAACACCCCUCGCUGAAGUCUUCCUGAAAGCUGGCAAGUUCCUCGGCUACAAAACUCGCGACGUGAAUGGAGAGAACCAAGAGGGUUUCACGAUCCUGCAGAGCACAACUCGAAAUGGAUCUAGAUUCAGUACAUCCAGGGCUUUCAUCACAACUGCGCAGACGAGGCAGAAUCUCGACAUCUCAAUGUAUAGCCACGUCACUAAAAUCGGCUUUAAGAGGGAGAAAAAUCCCAGAGCAAGCUCAGUGACCUACAUUAAAAACGGUCAGAAAUACACCGUUAGGGUAAAAAAAGAGGUGGUCUUAUCUAGUGGCGCCAUUGGUUCUCCUCAGCUCCUUAUGCUGUCUGGAGUUGGACCCAAAAAUCACCUGAGCGCACUUGGCAUAAAACUGAUUAAGGACCUCCCG